AUGCCUCCUCUUCAAGAGACUAAUGAACGUAUUGAUCAAGCGUUCACAAAUGUUGAUCCCAAUGCAACAGUGAAAUUCAGUGAUGAUCAACAAAGUCAUUAUGUAAUAGAAAUGAGUGGAGGUGAUACAUUACAAGUUCAAAUGUCUCUUGAUGGUUCUCGAGCAUUAGCAUCAUUAUCUCCACAUAUUACUGUUACAUUUCAUAAUGUCUCAAAAGUUAUCAAUGUUCCAGCAAAAAUAAUUGAUCCUUCAUCAAAAGAACGAUUUAUUCAACGUAAAUUACUUGAUCAAGUUUCAGGACAAAUUUAUCCAGGACAAUUAGUUGCACUUAUGGGACCGUCAGGUUGUGGAAAAACAACAUUACUUAAUACAUUAGCUGGUCGAGCAUUAAAUGGUGUUACUGGUGAUAUUUGGUUUAAUAAUCAACGAUAUGAUAAAAGUAUGAAACGAAAAUUAGCUUAUGUUCUUCAACAAGAUUUAUUUUUUGAAAAACUUACUGUUAAACAACAAUUAACAUAUACAGCUUUACUUCGAUUACCAAAUAAUUUAUCUAAACAAGAUAAAUUAGCAUAA